AUGAAAAUUUGCAACCUCGUGAAAGCACUUGCCCUUGGCGUGCUCCCCUUGACUCUUGCUUCUCCUGCUGCUACCACGCCGCAAUGUGGAGUGCCAGGCGAUGGAGAUGACUUCUAUACAUCGUCAACUGUGAGCAACAUCCUGGAGUGUCAGUACAAGUGCAAGAGCGAUGCCAAGUGCCUCUCAUCCGAGUUCAAGCCCUCUACUGGUACAUGCUGGCUUUACGCAAAACCAGUGGCACAGGCAAAGACGAGGAACGAUACCACAGGAAAAUGGUUCUUCAACGAUCGAGAUUGUCUAGCCGCGCCUGCAGCCCCACAAUGCAAUAUCUCAGGCGAUGGAUCGGAUUUCUACAAAAAGUCAACUGCAAGCACGGUCUCUGGUUGCCAGUCUGCGUGCAGUAGCGACCCAAAGUGCCUCUCAUCUGAAUACAAACCCUCAGAUGGCAGCUGUUGGCUAUACGCUGGACCUGUAUCACAGGCAAAGACGAGAAACGACACAUCAGGAACCUAUUACUUCUAUGACCGCAAUUGCCCGAUUCCAGCUACAACCCCGCAAUGCAAUAUUUUCGGUGAUGGCUCGAGCUAUUACACAUCGUCAACUGUGAACACACUAUAUGAUUGCCAGUCUACUUGCAUCAAGGAUCCAAAAUGCUCCUCAUCCGAAUACAAACCCUCCAGUGGUAGCUGCUGGCUAUAUGCGACACCUGUGUCAGUUGCAAAGACUAAAAACGAUACGGGAACCUACAUUUUCAAUGAUCGCAAUUGCCCCGUUAAACCUGGCCCUCUGCAGUGCAGGGUGGCAGGCGAUGGGUCGUCGUAUUAUAAAUCAUCAACAGUCAAGAGCGUCACGGACUGCCAGAAUAACUGCAAGAAUGACACUAAAUGCCUUUCAUCCGAGUAUAAACCCUCUAGUGGUGGAUGCUGGUUGUAUUCGGCUCCUGUAUCAGUUGCAAAGACGAAAAACGACACUUCCGGAACCUAUUACUUUUAUGAUCGAGACUGCCCACUCCCCAAGUGUGGAUUGAACCAGAUGGAACUGGAUUUCUACACAACAAGCAAUGUGAGCAGUCUUCAGGCCUGCCAAUCUACCUGUAAUAGUGAUCCCAAGUGUCUUUCAUUCAAUUACAGAGCAGAUACUGGCGUCUGUGGGCUCUCUGUCAAGCCUGUGGCGGAUUCAAGCCCAGUAAUUUGGGUCGGAUACGACCGGGACUGCGCUGUAUCCAGCUAG